GUCCGGUGCUGAGAGGGAUAUAUUGUGUUGGGUACAUUAUAGCGAGCCGGGUACAAGUCUGUCUUUUUCGGUUUUGGAGCUAAACGGGUUUACUCAGCGUUGUACCUACGGCCGUUUAAACAAGGAAACAUAGUAUAAAAGGAAACCGAAACGCCAAAAUGCCCGCUGCUACUAAAGACGGUGACGGUGGUUGGAAGAAGUUUGUAUGGAAUUCGGAAAAAAAAGAAUUUCUGGGGCGUACUGGGGGCAGUUGGGCAAAAAUCCUCUUGUUCUAUGUGAUCUUCUAUGGCUGCUUGGCUGGGAUAUUCAUUGGCACCAUCCAGGCCCUGCUGCUUACCAUCAAUGACUUUAAACCCGUUUACCAGGACAGAGUGGCCCCUCCAGGUUUAUCGCACACUCCACGCUCAGAGAAAUCGGAGAUGUCUUUCAAGGUGGGCGAUCCGUCCACUUACCAGAAGUACGUCAAGGCAAUGCAUGACUUCCUGCAAGCGUAUAACGAUAGUAAACAGGAGAACAUGAUGAAGUACGAAGACUGCGGAGACACUGCUAAGCCCUACAUUAACCGAGGGGAACUGGAUAACAACCAGGGAAUCAAGAAGGCCUGUAUCUUCAAGAGGUCUUGGCUGGACAAGUGCUCUGGCCUUGAAGACCCAACUUUUGGGUUUAGUGAGGGGAAACCCUGCUUGAUUGUCAAGCUGAACAGGAUCGUCAAUUUCCGACCACGGCCACCAACAUCCAAUGACAGCAUCCCAGAAGAGGCCCAAUCUAAAGUGCAGCCUGAUGUCAUCCCAAUUUACUGCACUAACAAGAGAGAAGAAGAUGCUGCGAAGGUUCGUGAAAUCAAAUACUAUGGCAUACAAGAGGGGUUCCCCUUGCAAUACUACCCCUAUUAUGGCAAACAGCUGCACCCCCAGUACCUCCAGCCCCUGGUAGCUGUCCACUUUACCAAUUUAACCAUGGCCACUGAACUGCGCAUUGAGUGCAGAGUCUAUGGACAGAAUAUUGCUUACAGCGACAAGGAUCGCUACCGGGGACGUUUUGAUGUUAAAUUCACCAUCAACGAGUCAUGACCUCAGCCUUCAGUUCUAGCACUUUCUCUGCCACCCCCUGCCUCCCAUUUCAAAGAUAAUGAAAAUAAUUUAGACAGAGAGAAAUUUUAAGUAAAAACGCACACAGCUAGUCCUGAACAAAUUGUCAUAACAUAUGGGACCUUCACUUAAUCUGUAUGCUUCUCCACUAGCUUUUCUGCAUAUAUCUAGGGUUAGAAUGUAAAUGACAGACAGAGUAGCAAUAGCAUAAUGUAUUUAUUCUACUGUAAAUGAGAAUACUCCUUGAGCCAUGGGACAUUGUCAUACAUUACUGUAAGUUAUAAUUCAACUACUGACAUGUAGCGAGCAGUGUUUCUGUCCCCUAAGUAUUGCUGCCUUGUGUGGUUUAUAUAUAUUUUUGGAGUGUACAGUACAGUAGUCGCAUAAAAUGGUCCUAUCUAAGCCAUGUUGUAAUUUCUGUUUUCUUAUGUGAGCAAGCUUUAGCGGUCCAAGGUGUAUAUAUGUAUUCUUACUAACUGAAAAUACUGGCAUGGUACCCCCUCCCCCCCAGUCUGUGUGUGAAAGAACGGCUGCACUCCAUGGAAUCCAUUAGCUUUUCUGUGUAUCUUUUUAAGUCUGAUUGUGAGAAGAAUCAAUUUUUACAUCACUUUUUUUAAUCACUUUUAAAUGUGAGAUAUGGGGUUUGUUACUUGUUUGUUUUGAUGCUUUUUUUCCUUCCUUUUUUGCUUUAGUGUAAUGUAGAAUUUUGGGUUUUCAGCCUGGAAAACUGUUAGCCUUCCACGGUUAGCGGCGCUAACUCAGUGCUUUUUAAAUACAAUUGUUUUGCUGGAGACAUCACACAAUGUGGUGUAACUUUCUAAUGAAUGUUUUAGCCAUGUUCAUGGUGGAAGAAUUUUCUAUUUAUGCAGUUGUACAUUUUUUUUGUCUGCAGGAAAAAGUGUAAUGUAUAAAUACAAUACCAAAGUCACUGGUUAAGUUAAGUAGAAUUCUAUCAAAAGCAUUUCAGUGCCCCAUGUAAUAGGAUAUUUUGUUGGUGUUGAAAGUGCAAAAGUCAAUGUUGAACAUCCGUAAAUUUAUCAGGAGUCCGUCUAUUAGUCAUCUUCUUAAUCCGGGUGAGACUUAAACAAAAAUAAAAUGAAUAAAAUACCCAA